AUGUAACGUCACUGCGCCGCGCGGAGGCUGCGGGGGAAGAUGGCGGCGCCGGAGGAACCGGGCGCGGUGGCGGCGUUCGCGAAGCGCAUCGACCCUGCCCGGGAGCCGGGGCUCAGCCCCGAGCAACGCCGCCUCAUGGCGCAGGUGGAGUACGCCCAGCGCCAGCGCGUCCUGCGGCGCCGGCUCCGCGGCCGCAACAGUCUGCUGGCGCUCGGCAUCGCCGCGGUGACGCUUGGAAUCUACGGGUACACCUUCUACUCGGUGUCUCAGGAGCGGUUCCUGGACGAGCUGGAGCAGGAGGCGGAGGCGGCGCGGGCGCGGGCCCGGGCGCGGGCCGAGGGCGCGGCGAGCUGAGCGCGGAACGCCCGGCCCAGUCCGGCCCGUGACUGAGCUGCCGCCCCCGUGGGGCUGGACGGGCCUUGAGCCCGGGGCAGCCGCCCCCCGGGGGUUCGGGCCUGCCCCGUGCUCAGCCCGAGCCUGGGGAAGGUCCCGGGGGCUCCCCGCGGGCAGCCCCCACCCCGGGGCCUUUGCCGGCACCGUGCCCAUGGGAAGGACAGGGGUGCCCAGGUCCCACCACUCCUUACAAUAAACCCUCUCACUGGA